GCAGCAAGGCAGCUGAACGCAGGGCGCUGGAGGUGCGCUGGGCACCACUUUUGAGCGUCUGCGUCUCUCCGACAUGCAAUGGCGUUUCACGAAUUGUCCUUCCAGCACGUCCUCUCUUAGGCAAUGCGAUCAAUCACCUCUGGAUGGCCCCAUUGACCGCUUUUUGGUUAGGAAGCGUGCUGAUGGAGCAGGUUUGAGGACUCCGCUCCAAAACUUAGACUCACAGCGCCACUCAUCAUGACACUCGAAUCUUGUUUUGGAGCAUCUACAAUGUGACGGGCCUGUUCCGGGCAUUCUUCCCGUUGGUAAGGCCCAGUCCGGCGGGGCUCUAGAAAAGUCCUAGAUGGACGACUUUGACAACCUAGACCCAGACCUGGAAGCAGCACUAGCAGCCGCCGACCGCUUAGUAGAGCAGCGACGCCGAGCCAGCCUCCCUGGGGUGCCCGGCACCAAUCAGAGGGCGCCACCUGGCGCCCCAGGGGGAUCCCCCCGCCGCCAGGCUCCCCACAGCGGCUAUCCAAGCCAGCACAUCGCUUCCCCUGGGCGGCAGGCAGGGCCUUCCGAACGCCACGGUGUCCCCCCCGGGCAGUUCUAUGCCCCUCAGGGGGAUCCUUCCGGCGCCCCGGUUGCUUUUCCAGGGGGGCAUGGGGGCUAUGGAACAAACACUGGAGGGGACCCUGGUCCCCAGAUUGGUUCCCCCGGGCGCCAGGCAAACUUCCAGAGGGGCGCUGGUGCGGGGCAAGGAAUGCCAGCCGUCCAGACGGUCGGGUCCCCUGGGCGGCGGCAGAACCUGCGGGUGUCGAUCAAUCUGUGCGAACAUGGGCGUGUCAUGGCGAGAAGCCCAUAUAGUGAGGGCGUUGUGAAUGUUUGUCGAAGCAUCGAGGGCCGCCAGUUCCACUCCGACUCGAAGGGGUGGAGCUUCCCCCAGGCGGCCCUGCCAAACUUUGUCGCUUCUCUUCGUCAGCUAGCGGGAAUUCAGGUCGAUUUGGUGCCCCCCUUGCGGCUCCCAGAAGGAGCCCCACAACAGAUUCCGCCCCCGAUGGUAGCUCCCCACUCCCCGCCAGCUCAGCGGCCGCAACCCCCUGCGGCCGGCGCACCGUCUCCUUCCACGUCAGCCCCUGGUGUGACGUCACCCGGCCGGUCCUCUCAAAAUAUUCACGUGAAGCUCGUCGCCCGGGGGAUUACCUCCGGAUCCAGCCAGGAGGAGCGCUUUGCAGCCAAGUUUGCCUACUCAGAGUCGGUAAUCGAGGCUUGCCGCGCCACGCCUGGCCGUUCCUGGGACUCCGCUGCCAAAGAGUGGACGUUCCCCCUCUCUAGUCUUCCCGCCCUCCUAGAACGCCUUAGCUCAAUCUCCGACCGGGGGGUCCUCGUAGAGCCGAUCGCGCCUCUGACUCUACCCCCCCCUCCCUGGAACCGCGCCCCCCCCCGCCCUCCGCCCCCCCCCUCCUCUGUCGUGCAACGACUCUUCCAAGAUACCCCCCCUGAAACAGCGGCAGCCCCGCAGGUUCUGAGUCAGGGGGGUACAGUCUCCAGCAAUUCGACACCACAGGGGCCGCUACCGACCCCCCCGAAAAGGAAAGUGGAGGUUACUCUGGGGAUAUUUGGGCGGGAUAGGAUAAGCGUGCAGUUUCCGUACGAUCAGACGGUGCAGGCGGCGGUAAAGGGGGUCCGAGGGGCGGAAUGGAAUCAUGGCAAGCGGCUGUGGCACCUCCCCCUGGCGCAGCGAACCGUGCUCGAGGCCGCGCUGACGUCACUCCCGAACGUCGACGUCAGCAUCGUCCCGCUUCACCCCCUGGUAUUGAAAGCCAUGGAGGCGGCGUCUAUCGCAGCGGCGGGGGCGCUCGAGAAAGACGAUGCGGAGCGGUACGAUCGGAUGCUUGACGGGGGGCUCAAGGAGCGCCUGAUGGAGUUCCAGAGAGAGGGGGUCAAGUGGGCGCUGCAGCAGGGGGGGCGGGUCUUCAUCGCAGAUGAGAUGGGCCUUGGGAAAACCGUACAGGCCCUGGCGCUCGCCGCCUGCUACCGCGAGGCGUGGCCCGUCCUGAUCCUGGUCCCCAGCAGUCUCCGCUUCACGUGGGCGCGCAUGUGCGUCGACUGGCUCGGGAUGACGCCCGAUGACGUCACGGUCGUCGUCAGCACCCCAUCUCGUAUGGCCCGCGCGAUGGGCUAUACGCUGGUGUUGCCGAGCGGCGCCAAAACCGGCGGGAGGCUGCGCCUGGAGGGGCAGAUUAACAUCCUGUCGUAUGAUAUACUGCACAAGAUUCAGUCGGAUUUGACGGGAAUGAACUUCCAGUUCGUCAUCCUCGACGAGAGCCACUACAUCAAGAACCCGGCCGCGCAGCGGACCCUCUGCGCGCUCCCCCUCGUGCAACGCUCCCGCUAUGCGAUCCUUCUCUCCGGCACCCCCGCGCUUUCUCGGCCGAUCGAACUGCAACAACAGCUGGCGGCACUGUACUCAAAAGUGUACAGCGACCGGAGAGAGUACGGGGAACGGUACUGCCAGGGCGGGCGGCAGUUCUUCGCGGGACAAGAAUACAUGGGCGCGAGCAACCUAAAGGAGUUGCACGCUUUGCUCGUGAGUACGGUGAUGGUCCGGCGCCUCAAGGCCGACGUUCUUCAGCAGCUUCCGCCCAAGCGGCGUCAGCAAGUGUUUCUGGACAUUCCGGACAAGGCCAUGGCGCCCGUCCGGAAGACCAACGAGCGCCUGGCGGCCGUGCGCGCGCGCCGCGAGCUGGUAACGGGUGACGCUAGCGAGCGGGAACGUCUAGAAACUGAGGAGCGCACGCUCCUCAAUGACCUGUACGUGCAAACGGGAAUCGCGAAGUGCGGGCCGGCGCAGGACCACAUCCAGUUGCUGCUGGAACACGACGAAAAGUUCCUGGUGUUUGCCCACCAUAAACACGUCAUGGACAUGAUGGAAGCGACGCUCAAGAAGUGGGCCAGCCGGGACAACCAGUACAUCAGGAUCGACGGGUCGACACCGCCAGCGGAACGGACUGGCCUGGUCGCCCGGUUCCAGGAGGAGCCUAAUUGUAAAGUCGCUCUGCUGAGCAUCAAAGCUGCCGGAGUGGGGUUGACAUUGCACGCUGCACAGACUGUGGUGUUCAUUGAGCUGUCGUGGCUGCCGGGCGAUCUACUGCAAGCAGAGGACCGGUGCCACCGCAUUGGGCAGAGCUCCAGUGUCAACGUCCUGUACCUACUCGCUCAGGAAACGUCCGACGACAUCAUGUGGGAGUCGGUGCGGCGAAAGCUGGAGAACGUGGGGGAAGUUCUGAAUGGCGCGCACGAUCACAUGAGCGUGGCGCAGCAACACCGGCUCAAGGGGCGGCCGCUCAACCAGCCGCGAAUCACGGAGAUGCUGGCGCCCCGAAGGGGGCUGGCUGCAGGGGAGAGCGCAGGGGUUCGCACAGGAGCAAGUUCGAGUGGGGGUGGAGAAGUUAGGGGGGGAGACGGGGGCGCGCAAUCGAGGGAUGACGGUGGGGGGGGUAUAAAAGCAGGCGAGAAGGAGGGGUUGAAAUCAUGGGAGACUGGGGGGGUGAACGUAGAGGGGUAUCGGGGAGCGAACUCAGACGAGUAUACAAGGGCAGAUUUGGGAGAGAAUGCCGCUUCAACCGCAGGAGCAACCGCAGAAGGAACCGGAACAUUGGGUCCCGACGUGAAUGCGGGGCGGAGAGUGAGUGCAGAUGCGGAGAUGCUCUUCGGCGGACGGAACGGCAGGGGCAUCGGGGGAACUGCGAGUGCUCAGCCGAGCAAGGGAAGUAAUCCAGGGGACACUCAGAAAGAGGAGCCCGGCAGUCAACGGAGCGCCACGGCAAUGUUUAGGCAAUCGCUGGGUGGUGAGAACAGCAGGAGAGUGGGCGCGGACGUCAGCGGGGCUGCGCGCCGUGCUCAGAGCGGAAGCCAGGGUUCCGGUCCGGAAGCUUCCAGGAGAAAGGGGGCCAGCGCGUGUCAGUUAGACGCGCUCAGGGGGACAACCCCGACCGCUCCGUUUGAGAAGACGAGUGGUAACCGCGCUUCUGGCGCGGACACUCAGGAUUCUGUCGGGGCGCAGGCACACGGAUCGGGGGUUCUUAGAACGGGCACUGUGCUGGUCGGGGGGACUUUUCCGAACGCUUCGGUUGAGGGGAGGAGUAAAGAUCACACUUCGGGGGCGGACGCUCACGGUUCUUUCGAGGCGCAAGCAAGUGGGUCGGGAGUGCGUAGGAUGGGCUCCGGGCUGCAACAGUGCUCGGGAAGUGCCGGGCGGCCGGCGGACUGGGAAGAAGCAAAUCGAGCGGAAGGAGCGGAGAGAGCGGAACGAGCGGAAGGAAAACUGCAGCAGUGCCUUGAAGGGACGGUUGGGGUUCCAUUGCACGAGGAGCUGAGGCGGGAGUACGAAGAAGCAUCGUUUGCAAUGGCGGGGAGGCGGCGACAGGAGGCGAAACGAAGGAGAGAGGAGGGAAAGGAAGAGGAAAUGAGCAAGGUGCAAAGAUUGGAGUAGUUGACGUCAGCAGGCGGAUACGACACAAUGGCGAGUGAAGGAAAAGGUUUGCGGAGGAGAGUCAAAAGCUGUCACGGGCAGGGGCAGAGGCUUCCGAACAACUUGCACGAGUGCGCGUGUGUACAUAUUUGGAUGCAUGCUUGCCAUGAUCUAAGUUCGAUCAAGCCGCUGAACUGAAUCUGCAAAACUAGCAUGGUUGCGGCCGACCAAGCCGCAGAACAUACUGGUCAUGGAGGGGUCAUAGAUCGAGGCACACACCGUCUGAGUCAUGCAUGCGCCAGAACGAUUAGACUGUUGAAGUGACCCAAGAGCGAUUCAUAUCUCUUCAC